AUGGUACAGAAGCCAUACCCCACCCCGUUGGUCAUCCAACCGCUCCAUGAAGAACAUACAUAUACCAUCAUCUCUCUUCACGGGAGAGGUAGUAAUGCCGAGCGUUAUGGCUGCGAGCUCCUUCAAUAUGGAAAUCUCCAAGCUCGACUCCUGACUGUGAAAUUCAUCUUCCCAACCGCGCGGAAACGGCGUGCCACAAUCUUCAAACGGAUGCCUAUCAACCAGUGGUUCGACAACUACUCCCUUGACGGCCCUGGACAGAAGGUAGACCUACAAGUAGAAGGUCACUGUGAGACUGCUGGAUUUAUCCGCGGUUUGAUCGAUGAAGAGGGUUUGAUUUUAGGCGAGGGAGGCCAUCAAAAGAUCAUCGUCGGGCAUUUCACGCUGCUGGGUGGCUGGAAUGAUUCUGAUGCAGAGAAAUUUAUCGGGGCUUUUGUUGGGAUGAGUGGAUGGCUUCCUUUUGAACAGCAGCUACGGGAUAUUCUUCGCUGCGAUGACAGCCCUGUCGCGAGUCAAAAUGAGCAGCAUGAAACUCAAUCAGACGAUUCCGACACGGAUGAGGAUGAAAGCUCCGAGCAGGAGACGGAUAGUGAUGAAGAUGUAGAUGAAUCUACAGCUACAGUCUCUGACUCUGAAUCGGAUGACGACCCAUUCCAACGGACCAGCUCCGUGCAUGACGAUGUGAACGUUUUUGAAGGAGACGAAGAAGAAGCGCCAGUGCUCGUCCAAGCUAUCAACCAUAUCCGCGACAUUCUUGAUCUUUCCAGCAUCUCCACGAACAAGGAGUCAUCAGAAAACGAAUUAUCACUCACCUGCUUGUAUCACCUUCAAACACCUGUGUUUCUGGGCCAUUUCCGUCACCCUUGGUGA